GGCCGUUUCAUGUGAAUCUAUCGAUUUUCCUUCGACGGAUCGGUCAACCGAUAUUAUUUCCAGUUUCCGGACAACCGAACAGACAUCCGUGCACCCAUAACGAAAUACGUUGCGAAGUCGGUGUUUCGGUAUAAGUGAUUGGGUGGUUCAUUCAUGGACGUUUCGAAGGACUAUUGAGAGGACCCACCCCGUUACAGGGAGGGCUCGCCCCCGGUGGCCUCUCACCCACCAGCGACAACGGCAUCCGAAGGAUGCUCUCAUAUAAAAGAAGAGUUUAAAGGAUAAGGGUGUUGUCACUCUUCUCUUUUAAAUACUCGACGAGGAGGAUAAUGCUAAGGAUUCGUGGUACACCCAUUUCGGGAUGUCAACUGAUAUUGCUGUGUCUAAUAUUUACUUUUGUAUCAUGUCAAGGAGAAAUAGUGACAUCUCCGACGACACCGCCGCACCGAGGCGCCGCCCGCCUUAAAUACGGCUCGGGAUCUCUUAGACCUCCGGGUUCUAAGCCCAUUUAUGCCACUGGUCAGAGGGACCAUGGCGUCAGAACGACCCUAAGCCCGGCUCUUCAUAAUCACAAUGCCAAGUCCAUACCAAUCCUCUACCAAUACCCUUUCGUGCCAUACGCCAUUCCAAUCGAUCCGAUCUACUUCAAUCGCGAUUUGAUGACCAGAUUGCACCCCAAGAUUGACAACAGAGGAAGAAAUAGAGGUGGAAUGUACGGCGGACGUCCCGAGUAUUCGAACGGUCGUCCAAAUCACGGAAUCAUAAACGGACGGUUCCCAUUCGAUCUUGGAUUCCUACCUGGAAAGGGUUACGAACCAAACAUUCACGUGCCACUUCCAAAAUACUUACCACCAUCCCCGCCAAGGAAAGAACUAGGUCCCCCCGAUCACGAACCAAAGCCGGAUGUGGAAGAUGAAGCACCAAAGGUCGUGGAGGAACAUCCUUGCGGAGAACCUUGCGGACCUGGGGAAUUCCUUUGCCUGCAGAGUUGCAUUUGUAUUAAAGACAUUUAUAGAUGUGAUGGCGACGCAGACUGUCAGAAUUACGAAGAUGAGCUGGAAUGUGGGGAAAUGUUGAGCAUUCACAAUGACAAGUGCAACGAAUCGCAGAAUUAUGUUCGAUGCCCCAAAACCAACAACUGCAUCUCGAAAGAUUGGUUGUGUGAUGGUGACGACGACUGCGGCGACUUCUCCGACGAAACUCACUGCGGUGUUCCCGAAAAUUGUACUUCUGACCAAUUUCAAUGCGAGAACGGCUUGUGCAUCCCGAAAAACUGGAUAUGUGACAACGACAAUGAUUGCAAGGACUUUUCGGACGAAAUUAACUGCAAGAAAAUAGGAUGUAAUGAGCAUGAAUUCGAAUGCGGCGAUUCCUCUUGUAUUUCAGCCAGUUGGAAAUGUGAUAAGCAAAUCGACUGUAUGGAUGGUUCAGAUGAAAACGAUUGUGAUAUUUUGCCUCCGUUUUGCAAUGAUGAAGAGUUUCAAUGUACAAAUAAAAUGUGCAUCAAAAAAGCGUUUAAAUGCGACGGCGACGACGACUGCGAAGAUUGGAGCGACGAGAAUGACUGUCCAAAAAUUCAAGGUGUUUGCGUGUCGGGAGAAUACAAAUGCAAAAGUGGAAGGUGCAUACCAGAAAGAUACAAAUGCGAUAAACAACAGGACUGCGACGACAACGACGACGAAGAGAACUGUCAAGUUGCAGAAAGCAAAACCUGCUCACCCGACUCAUUUACUUGUGAUAACGGCGUUUGCAUCUUGCACACUUGGAGAUGCGAUGGGUUCCAUGACUGCACACAUGGUGAAGACGAGGCAAAUUGCGAGAUAAAAUGCGACGAAUCGAAAUUUCCAUGUUCUGGACCGGGUCCACAUGACAAUUCCACUUAUAUGUGCAUCAACAAAAAGCACGUGUGCGAUGGUUAUAAAGACUGUGCAAAAGGCGAAGACGAAGGUAAUUGCCCAACCAAAAGAGAAUGCGAACCUGGCACCAAGUGCAAGCAACUCUGCAUAACCACCAAAGAUGGCAAAAAUGGCUGUUCCUGUCUUCCUGGCUACUAUCUAGCAAAAGAUGGAUACAGUUGCGAGGAUAUUGAUGAGUGCAUGUAUGCGACGGAUCCGGUGUGUUCACAGACUUGUAACAAUACGAUUGGAAGCUUCCGUUGUGGUUGUAUGACUGGUUAUGUCCUGAGGCCCGACUUGAGGUCUUGCAAGGCUGUUGGAGCUCCCCCAACUUUACUUUUUGCUAAUCGAAUUGAUAUUAGACAGGUCGAUUUGCAGGUUUCACUAAGCAACAAUAAAUAUACCGCCAUUCUCAAGGGAUUACACAAUGCGAUCGCUUUAGACUACCAUUAUGAAAAGAAAUAUAUAUUUUGGUCUGACGUGUCCAUGGAUGUUAUCAGAAGAGCCUAUGUCAACGGAUCAGGAGUGACUGAUAUCAUUAAAUGGGGUUUGGAAGCGCCAGGUGGAGUAGCACUGGAUUGGAUUCAUGAUUUACUUUUUUGGACGGACUCAGGUACAAGAAGAAUUGAAGUAGCAUCUUUAGACGGGCAACAGAGGGCGAUUAUUAUUGCAAAUGAAAUCGACAAACCUAGAGCCAUAGUCGUUCAUCCUGGUGAAGCCCUUAUAUUUUGGACGGACUGGGGACCUAAUCCGAAAAUAGAACGAGCAGAAAUGGAUGGAAGCAAUAGAAGAAGCAUCAUCACAGAAUCUGUAUUUUGGCCCAAUGGAUUGACUUUAGAUUACACUUCCAGCAGGAUAUAUUGGGCAGACGCUAAACAUAAUGUAAUAGAAACCUCUCUAUUAGAUGGAACAGACAGGAAAAAAGUCAUUAGCAAAGGCUUACCACAUCCAUUUGCAAUAACAAUUUUCGAAGAUGCAAUUUACUGGACGGAUUGGCACACAAAGUCGAUAUCUACAGCCAAUAAAGCUACGGGCGCUGGACUCAAGACAAUACAUUCCCAGUUGCACUUCCCCAUGGAUAUUCACAGCUACCAUCCGCAACGACAACCUAAAUACAGAAACAGAUGUGGCAAUAACAAUGGAGGCUGUGAGCACAUGUGCAUACCCAAUAUAAAAUCUUAUACUUGCGUUUGUCGUAUGGGCCAAAAGUUAAAAAAUGAUAGAAAGUCGUGUCAGAAGCCCGAUAAGUUGUUAUUGUUUGCUAGAAAGAAAGAUUUGAGACUCAAACACUUAGAUCCUAACCCUAGUCAUCAGUUGGAAAUGGUCAUACCUGUAAAUGGAAUAAAAUCUGCAGUGGCAAUUGCAUGGGACUCGAAAACUGAUUAUAUUUAUUGGACAGACGUGGAAAGGGACGCUAUAAGUAGAGCUUUAUGGAACGGUAGCAAUCAAGAAGUGCUUGUGCACACAAAUAUUAUUACUCCUGCUGGUUUGGCUUUGGAUUGGUGUACAGAUAAAAUAUAUUGGACCGACGCUGACACAGCAAGGAUCGAGGUGGCAAAAGCUAAUGGUGAGAUGAGAAGCUUACUAAUAUGGGAAGAUCUGGACAAACCAAGGGAUAUAGUUGUGGAUCCAAUAGGUGGUUAUAUGUAUUGGUCUGAUUGGGGUGAUAAACCUAAAAUCGAAAGGGCUGACAUGGAUGGGAAGAAUCGCCUUAUCAUUGCAAGUACAAAUUUAACUUGGCCCAAUGGUUUGGCCGUUGACCAUUCCACUGGAAAAAUAUAUUGGACAGAUGCGGGAUCUAAUGCUAUCGAAUUUGCCAAUUUCGACGGCUCCGAUCGCCGAGUUUUGUUGUCUGGUAUUGAUUUGCCUCAUCCGUUUGGAUUGGACGUGUUUGGAAAUAACAUCUAUUGGUCGGAUUGGCAGAACAUGAGUAUUGAAAAAGCGAAUAAACUAACGGGACAAAAUCGGACCAUUUUAUCUACGUCUAUGAAUGGAGUAAUGGAUGUACGAGUGUUCCACCGUAAUAGAAAAAAUAUUCGUUCCUCUUGCAACAACAAUAAUGGUGGAUGCAGUCAUUUAUGUUUAUUGCGCUCUAAAUCCCACAGUUGCGCUUGUCCCACAGGAAUUAAGCUUGGAGAUGAUGGAAAAACUUGUGCAAACGGUCCAAAAAAUUUUUUGAUAAUGGCCCGUCGUGUGGAUAUUAGGCAGAUUUCAUUAGACGUACCUUACAUGGUGGAUGUCGUGUUGCCUUUACCGAAAUUAAAACUAGCUACAUCAGUGGACGUGGACAGAAAAACUGGAGAAAUUUAUUGGACCGAUACAGCUGAAGAUGUGAUCCAGAAAUCGACACCUGAAGGAAAACAUGUUGAAACUAUCGUAAUGCACGAAAUGGAAGCUACAGAUGGAUUUGCCAUAGAUUCCACUGGCAGAAAGAUGUAUUGGACUGACGGUGAGAGGAACAGUAUUGAGGUGGCUGAGCUGGAUGGUACCAAUAGAAAAGUGCUAAUUUGGGAAAAUUUGGAUAAUCCUAGAGCCAUUACGUUACACUACCAUCACGGCUUAAUGUUCUGGUCGGAUUGGGGAACUGCAGCAAAAAUAGAAGUUGCCCACAUGGAUGGAAAAAAUAGACAAACCAUUGUGUCUACAAAUUUGUCAUGGCCAAAUGGUUUGGCAAUAGAUAGGCCAGCUAACAGACUUUACUGGAAUGAUGGCAAAUUGCACACCAUCGAAUCUAGUGAUUUGAAUGGGAAGAAUAGGCGGGUGUUAAUUAGGGAUGUGUCCCAUCCAUAUGGUUUAGUCGUUGUUGGAAAUCAUGUUUAUUGGACCGAUUGGAAAACACAAGCUCUGCACAGGGCGGAAAAAAUUAACGGGACUGACAACACAAAAAUUAAACAGAAUUUGGAAGGUUUAAUGGACGUUCGAUCUGUACAAAGUGACAAUAUCGCAGAAAAUGCAUGUGGAGAAAACAAUGGUGGUUGUUCUCAUUUGUGUUUAAGAAAUCCCACUUCUUUCACAUGUUCAUGCCCAACGGGAAUACGAUUGACCAAAAAUAAUCCAAAACAAUGCGAAUCCCAACCAUCCACUUACCUUCUUGUAGCCACUGGUUACACUUUAAGUCGAAUUAGUCUUGACACAGAUGAUGUGUGGGAUUACACUUUGCAAAUUGAGCAACUUCAAAACGCUGUUGACGUCGACUUUCAUUGGGAAAAAAAGAAAAUAUUUUUCACAGAUAUUGAGCAACACCUAAUUCAAGUAAUGUCCAUGCAAAACUUCUCAGACAUCAAGCCAAUAGUACAAGUUAAUCUGAGUAGCCCUGGUGUAAUAGCUGUGGAUUGGCUGGCUGAUAAUAUUUAUUUUACCAAUACUGGAAACAAAAUUAUAGAAGUAGCAAGACUAGAUGGAUCUUCAAGAAAAACUAUCAUUAAACGAGGUUUGCAAGAUCCAAGGUCAGUGGCAGUAUUUCCAAGAAAAGGAUAUCUGUAUUGGAGCGACUGGGGUUCUAAACCAAAAAUAGAAAGAUCAUUUUUGGAUGGUAGUAGUAGGAAGACUAUCGUAGAUACAGAUCUUUCACUUCCAAUUGGAUUGGUCGUCGAUUAUUUAGCUAAAAGAUUAUAUUGGAUUGACGCUAAAAUGAAUGCUGAAAAAAUCGAAACCAGCGAUUUGCAUGGUGAAAAUAGGGUUUUAUUAAAUGUACAAGGAUCGCCAUUUUCUUUGACCCAGUUCGGAGAUCAUAUCUACUGGACCGAUUGGAAAGAAAAAUCAGUUAAUAAAGCGGAUAAAACAACGGGAAAAGAUGCUGUAAUAGUUCGACCACAUUUAGAUGCUACUAUGGGUCUUACAAUGGUCACCCAAAGCAGACAAAUGGGAUGGAAUCCUUGUGCCAUAAAUAACGGCGGCUGUGCUUACUUGUGUCUUUUCAAGCAAAAGAACUACACUUGCGCUUGUCCCGAUAACCGUCCCAAUUGUAAACCAGGUCCUAGUCAAGUAGUUUCAAUAAAAUGUCCCGGGGAAAAAUUCAAAUGUGAUUAUGAUGACGAUGAUGAAACUGAUUCGUUUCAGUAUGAUAUUGAAACUGGCGAUGAUUAUCAAAAGCAUAAGCGUCAUCCUAAUGUAUUCUACGUCAUUACUCUGGUACCUAUGCUUUCUAUUAUUUUGAUAUGCUCCACAUUCUUCGCCUAUUUAUUUGUCAGGAAAGGGAAGAAAAAGUACAUGUAUGCGGCUAGUCGAAGUUUUUCAAAUCCAAACUAUUAUUCCUCCAACAAUGAACCGGGAAGGGGAGCAGUAGGUGCAGACAGAAAACAACUGUGGAAGAGACUAAAAUACGAUAAAUCACAAGAACGAGUUUAUGAAGAAACAACAACCAAUAGCCCAGAAAUAACCAGCUUAAUUCCAACCAUUCUAACUCCAUGUAGCUCGAACUGUGAAACGGUAACUCCGGAACUAGAAAGAUCUCCAUCUGUUACGCCUUUGCACAAAUCCGAUAUCGCAACACCCACGGCAUAAGCGACAUAUUUAAUUUUGAGUAACCGAUUCAAUCUUAAAUCUGGGUAAGAAAUAUUAUAAGCACAUAUUACACCCAGUACUUUUUUGUUUACUAUUUACACAACGAACUUAAUUUGUUGCUCAUUUCUCACACCCUCGUAAAUGAGGCUUAACUAAUAAUUAUAAAGCCAAAGAAAUUAAUUGAAGCAGGUCACCUUUCUUGAAAAAUCUGCGCAUAAUAGAAACUUCUGUCGAUUAUUGUCAAACCUAAUGUAAAUAUUAACUAUUCGGUUUUUAACCAUUUCUUCUCAACGACGUAUAUUUUGACUGUGUUACGAAGUAAUUGUCAAAUUUUAGGGUGACUGACAAUAAAAUAUUUUUUAAUAGGACUGUUACGUCAAUAGUUUAUAUCAGUGGUGAUUUCAUAUAUAUUUUUUUUUUUUUGACGCAAGUUGGACAAUAUGUUUAAAAAAUCUUCGAAGUUAAUAUUAAAUAAAAUACAGUGUUAAAUAAUAAAAAAUAUUGAUUUAUCUUAUUAUGACUUACUAGGUUAUAAUUUGUUGUUGUGUUUAAUAUUGUUGAACAUUACCAAAGAUUAAAUGCAAAAGACUUUUUAAAUUUAUAAAUUAUAUAUUUUAUUAAAAAAAGUAAAACAAUAUACCUAUUUGUAAUAGAUGUUUACAUAUCGCUAUUAUAUAACUGAAUGUAAUAAAAAAGGUUUAGUUUUCGAUCAAUCAAAACUAACAUGUAGUAUUUUAUAAUUUGUAAGAUGCAAAAUCAAAUGAUAUUUUCAAGAGAUUAUUCUGAUGUACAAAGUGAGAUAGAUACCUAAAAUGGUAAACUAGUAAACUUAACUCAAACUCACUUUGUAUAAUCAUCUCAUAUCAUAACUAUUUUGAUUUGAAUACCACUUAGUCGAAAACUGACCAAAUUAUUUCUAAUUUAUAGUUCUGUUUAACAAUUUUUGACUAAGUGUUAAAAUUUAAUUCUUAUGAAAUAUAUUUAAAAGAAAUAUUUUUUAUAUAUUGUCGGAUGAAGACUGAUCAGAAAGUAAAUGUAUUUAAAUAUUUUCAUGAUACAUUGUUAGGGAAAAUUUUUGCGGUUUAAUAUAAUAGGUAUAUUUAAAUACAUUUUCAGUGAUAUUGGAAUUCCAAACAAAACCUUACUAAAGAAUACUAUAAUAAUUUACAAAAGUCAUCGAUUUGUAAAUCAAUCUUUUAUUAAAGUAAGAUUGUGUCUGGAUGAGUAUUAAAGGUCAAUGCAGGGAGAUUGAACUUAAGAAUCUCAUUUAUUACUAUUACAUUGAUUCUAACUUUGAAUCACUCUGCUAGUUAUGUGUCAAAUGUAAUAACUUAAGUAAAAACUUAAGCUAAUGAGGGCUCAAAUUAGCUUAACUUUUUCUUAAUAUACAGAUCUUUCACGUGAACAGUACCCAGUGUUGAGUGAUAGUAAAGGCGUUGUCUAAUUACACUAAUGGUCGCCAAUGUCGAACAGUCCGCUGUCUAAUUUUAUUAGUGAAAUAAGGCAACAAUUAUCUGGUGUGAGUACCACGAUAGUAACAGUAAUAUGGAUAGUGUUUGUAUGAAGGAUCGGUAUAUGUAUAAUGGAAUUAUAAAUAAAACCACAAACGACGUUAUUAUUAAUAAUAAAAUCGUCACAUUGAAAAUUACAAAAAUAUCUUGUAAACUUUGUAAAUGUAUUAAUUCCAUUUUUGAGAGAAAUUAAAAAUUAACUGUGUAUGUUUAUUUUUAAUUUCUUCAUAUUAGCUCAAAAUGUAAUAAAUAACAACUGGCUCAAUUGUUUUUUCUAUUAUUUGUUAUUACGUAUGGAGGUACUCAAAUAGAAAGUAUUUAUGUAUAGACAAUUAAUUCAACGGAAUCAUCUAUUGAGAUUUCAAAUGAAAUUUCAAUGUGUGAUCCGAUUAAAUGCCUCUCAAAUUCCUCCUGUACACUUGUGAACCGUCAUUCGUAAUUUGAGAAAUAUUCGUGUAAAAAUAAAAACCUGAAAAUUUAGUCAUGUUUAUUAAAUGUUAAUAGGUAAGGUUAUUUAUAUAAUAGAAAAAUUAUUUAUGUUUAUAAUUAAGAUAUUCCCAAUUCUAGGAAACAUGACUCUCUUACGCCUCCAAAAGGGAGGUCAUGAAUAAAAGUGAAUUUUUAAUGUUA